AUGCAGUCACGGCGACAAUUGGUGAAUGAAGAUUCGAACAUCUUAACAACAACAACGGGAACAGAAUUGCCAACAAUAUCGGCACCCGGAAGCAGAAGAGGAAGUCUUGGUCCAUCUACCACCACACGUACAUCGGCAACUUCCCUCGCACAACAAAAUACACUGAAUAAUCAGUCACCGAGUGAAAGUCGACAAUCACAACGACCUCCACCAGCGAUAUGGCGACCAAGUAUUCGAAUUAGACGAUUGUCAUCAUCAGGCAAUCUCCCUGGUGGAACUCCUCAGAUCAAUCAACCUUAUGAUAAUACAUCUUGGAGAGAUUGGGAGAUUAAUAAUAAUUCAACUCCACACUUUGACAACCAUCCCCCUUCCGCCGAUGUUACCAUUGAUACAUCAAACAGACGUCGAAGUAGUUCUGAACCACAACGCCCAGCAUGGUUGAAUUCUCAAGCAGCUACGACUGCCGGCCCACCGCGAGUGAGGGAAGGAUCAUAUAUCCCGGGUACCAUUGAAGAAGCAUGUGUCACAAAACAAGAAGGUCCAACUUUCGCCCAAAUUCAUCCAGGUGGAAACAACAUGGCCAAUGAGGUCCCAAUUCCUCUACAGCGUUCUCACACACAGAGUGAAGCAAUACCGAAUGUUCAGGGCGAAUACGACACUGAUCUUGUUGAUUUCCUCGAUCUCGUUGAUCCCGAAAUUUCUACCUUGACGAGUCUUACGAAUAUACAGAACUCCUUAUUCAUUCCUUCACUUGGAAACCUAUUUAAUCGUAAUCCAACAUAUAAUCUUACUCGAAAUGAUCUUGCCCGUCGUCCAACAAAUGAUCUUUCGCGUCGCCCAACAAAUUUGACGGAGAUACCGAUAGCAGAAGAUCCUGAGCCACAAGGUGAAUCAAAACAAACCUUCCCUCGCCCGGAAAGACCUCGACCUCGACCUCAACGUCAAGAUACUGGAGCUUUCACUCUCACCGAAUCCAUAUCGCAUCCAGAUGAAGAGGUUCCGCAUUAUGCAAUAGUCCCUGAAGGCAUUAAUUUGGAGGGAUGGUCACCUGCGGACAAAGAAGAACUUAAUGAUCAUGUACGACAUUUGUUACAUUCCAGGAGAGAAGGGUUCAAGCGGAAUAUGAAGGGAUUUGGUCAAUAUGUUAGAAAACCUCUUGGAUUCUUCGUUACCCUAUAUGCAGUCCUCAUUACUUUAUUUGGAUUAGCAUGGGUUCUUUUUUUGAUCGGUUGGGUUAACGUUGGAAGUAAACGUCUCUACGUGAUCAACAUUAUUGAUAAUGUCCUUGUUGCACUCUUCGCCAUUAUGGGUGAUGGACUUGCUCCAUUUCGGGUCAUCGACACUUACCACAUGAUAUUUAUAGCUCAUUAUCACCAUCUAACGUGGCGACUCCGCAAAGAAAACGCCCUACCAAAAUUAGAAGAUCAUAACGAUUUACCGGCCAUAUUACCCGAAGAUAUUGAGGAUCAAAUCGUCGAAGAUGAAGUAUCAGUCCUCAACCCAGCUCAACAAAAGAAGCUUCAACAUCAUCAAAAGAAAUUUAACCGAUCUCACACAUUUUAUAAACCUCACGAAACCACCACACAUCACGCAUUCCCUCUUCGAUUACUCGUUGCCAUCGUUGUUCUUCUAGAUUGUCAUUCCCUUCUUCAAAUAGCUCUGGGUACAUGUACCUGGGCAAUCAGUUAUAAGACUCGCCCAUUUGCGUUGACGACGGUUAUUCUAUGCUGUAGUAUUACAGUAAAUAUUACAGCCGGUGUACUGAUCAGUGUUGGAGAUCAUAGAACUCGAAAGAAGGACGUGCUGGAGAAGAUGUUCAAGCAGGAUUUGACAAAGGAGGCUAUACAUAAGAUGGAAAAGAUGAGAGAAAAGGAAAAGGAAAGAAAUGGCGAGCAAGAGGCAGAAAAUCAAGCGGAGGUCGAUAUUAUAAGUGAGGGUAGGGAAACUACAGAGAAGGAAAGGAAGAGGGAAGACUUUGAGAUUGAGGAUGGAAAUGGAAAUGGGCAGAGUGAAACUACUACGACGACUGAAGCUAGUAGUUCGAAAGAGCUAUAG